AUGAUAGCGCGUAUGGCAGCGGAGGUGGCGGUGUGGAUGGGGCUUGCGGGCGUGCUGGCGGGGCUGUUGGCGUGGAGGGUGCAGAAGGGCUUCGACGACAAUCGCAAGGCGGAGCUCGACACCUGGUGCGCCGGUCGCGCGCGCCCGCUGCAGCAGCAGUUCAUAUCCACGUCCGACCACUUUAAGGUAGCAGACGGUCGACACGCGGUAGAUCGACGACCAUCUGGCACGUGUAGUACUACUAGUAGGCGAAAGGCGGUGGAGGGGUUGGUGAUGGUGUUUGGGAGGAUACAAAAGGACCCAUGGGGGGCGCACAACAACUUGACUCAGCGGCUCUUUGCCAACUACAUUCUCCGCACGCAGGCCGCCCGCCCCUGGGUGCACGCCAUUGCCUACGGAGCCUUUGUUAACGGCUCUGACAGGGCGGUUUUUGAGCGGCGAAUGGGGUGCACACCGGGGGACAUGCAGGAGAGGCCUGCCCCACCCGCAGACUGGUACAUGGACAUGCGCUUCUGGUUCGACGAGCAGGGCCCCUUCCCCUUGGUUGAGAACAGCACGACUUGCUCCGAUGGCCACCUGCACCCGUCGUACGGGCCGGAGCUGACGCGCAUGAAGAUCACGGGUGCAGCCAUCCUCACCACGCCCUAUUUUCUAAACAAUGGCCAUCCCGGCAUGGCCAUGAUGUUCCCGAUCUUCAAGGGCAACGUGACGGCAGCAGCGCCGUGGGCAGAGAGGCAGGCAGUGAUCAUGGGCGGCAUGGCGGUAUCGGUGGACUUUGAUCGUCUCGCCGAAUCUAUCAUUCUUGAAGUGCUCCGACAAGCGAUUCCUCUUCCCCCUCACAACCCUACCGCUCACAACCCUACCGCUCACAACCCUACCGCUCACAACCCUACCGCUCACAACCCUACCGCUCACAACCCUACCGCUCACAACCCUCCCGCUCAAAACCCUCUCGCUCACAACCCUCCCGCUCACAACCCUCCCGCUCACAACCCUCCCACUCACAACCCUCCUGCUCACAACCCUCCCGCUCACAACCCUCCCGCUCACAACCCUCCUCACAACUACCAAUCCAUCACGGAGCUACCAGCGCUGGCGGUGCCAGGCUCGGACGAAGCCCACAGCAUGACUGCUGUGUUCCUGGGGGUGAUCAUCCUUGUGGUGGCGGCACUGCUGGCUGCCAUUGGCGUGAGCGUGACGAUCAACAUGCGGAGGCUGCGCGAGAAGACUAUUUCUAUGGCGAUUCUGAAGGAGAAGGCGGAGGUGGCGGAGCGCAACAAGGGUGCACACAUCGCCAACACAUCGCCAACACAUCGCUUGAGCUGCGCACCCCAAUCUUUGGCAUGGAAGGUUCGUGGCAAUAAGGUGCAUGGGUGA